AUGUCUUACGAAUUCAAACACAAGGCAUUUUCGGUCAGCUCGGCAGGAAUCACAGCGUCGAUAUUUGUUGUGGUUUUGAACAUUAGACUUCUGUGGAAGUUUCAAAACUCUCCAAUUAGGAAGAAACCGGAAUAUCAUUUAUACCAAAUACGAUUUUUUGUUGAUAUAUGUUAUUCAAUCGCAGUUAGUAUAUACUAUGUUGCCUUGGAUAUAUCUUACCUCUCUCCAUUCUUUCUAUUUCACUACAAGAUAUUGUUUGUCGUGACAUUAUUAUCCUCAAACAUCCUGUCCACCAGAUUUUUCCUAGCUGCUCUGAUUUCGAUAGAAAGAUUAAUUGCAGUAUUUUUGCCUGUUCAGUUUCAUAAUAAUCGUCAAAAACUACCUGUUUUUAUAUUUUUCACUAUGUUACUUUUAUGGGGAAUGUUUGAAGACGUUAUGUAUUUUUGGAUCUGUGAUAUUUCUCCAUUCAUAAAAGAUUGCUCAGUUCUGGGAUGCACUUAUAAUGAUUGCUUUUUGCAAUACUGGACUGGUAGUAAAUUGGUAAUUGGAGGAUUCACUUGCUUAAGCUCUUUGGUUCUCUUUUUCAAACUUUUGGCAUUGAAAAAAACCAUGAAUAUUGUCAAUUUAUCAAAGACAAAUUACUUAUGUAUUGGUGAUUCAUGUUUGACUCUUCUAUUUGACUUUACGCCAUUUCUUUUGACGCUUGUUCUCAGAACACAACUUUAUUCUGCAGACAUCUAUGGGCCUUACAAUGCUACUGCAAAAAGUACUGCAUGCUUUAUCGAUGCCAUGAUUGCAACUUGGGUCUUGAAAAAACCAUUAAAACCAACUCAAAUUAGACAAAUAAAUUCACUGAAAAGAAUUUCCGACCGACAUGGAUCUAGUAGAACAUAA